UCCACAGUCCGGUGCCAGCGUAAAGUAAUAACACGCAGUUUUGUGAUCGGUGAAAAUUAAUUGCAAAUAUCCGGCUAAAGUGGACUAAUUACUAGCGAAAAAGUGUGCUGGUACAUCCGUUUUACCAACUGGGAUCGAUACGAAGUGUUUUCGGUUGCGACCGAGAUCGGGUUUGUCUAGUUUUGGGAGUGUUUUGCCAGGGGUCAAUUUUUGGCAGCUGUACGAAAAGACCGAAGAAAAGUCCUGCACGGUGCAGUUCGGUUUGAGAAGAAAAAGAAGACCGUGAACGAUAACAAGUAGUGAGCGAAAUUUGCCUGUUUGAGGAAAGGUUCAAGAAAAGGACCGGCUGUGGGUCGUUAUGAUGGAAUCGGUGAUAAUUGGUGAGAGUAAGCUCUCGCCUUCCGCGGCUGGAAAAAAGCUGAAACAGAGCCGGCUUCCGUUUCAAGUUCUCUCCGGUUCGCCGGUAACACCAACCGCGCCGAAGACCGGGGAAUCCCGCAAACGCAAGCCGUCUGUGGAUACGGCUGGUGAUGGAGGUGGCGCUGCUCGGGCUGCCAAAAUCGGUCGUAUUUCGGAGGUGAAGGAGAAUGUGAAAGAUGCUGGUGCGAUUACACCGUUGGUGGUUCUGGACGAUGAAAGUAAUAGUACCGAUUUGGUAGAUAUUCGCAAAGAGGAUCAGAAACUGGUUGCCGUGAAGGUGGAUAUUCCGAAGACCCCUAUCCGAGAUGAGGUUGACGAUCUUGGUGGCGUUGGUGCCGGUAGUGGUGAGUCGGCAAAAAAGAAUGAUAAGAUAAUGAUUAAGCUUCCGAUGAGCAAGAAGAAGGGUAAGAAGGAAGGCACCACGGAAGAGGGUUCGUCUAAGAAAAAGGUCGUCAAAGGAAAGAAGAAACAUAAGAAAGAAGGUAAGCCACAGAAAGCUAGUAGUGGAAAGUCCGAGGUCGAGCAAGAAGAUCCGAUUAUGGUUGACGAUAGUGAUCUGUCCGAUGGGGAGAAUGAACAGGAAAAGGCCGAGCUUGUCAUGGAAGCUGAAAUGGCUGAAAAAGAUGCAGGUAUUCAAAUUAACAAGGAAGAAGUAUCGAAAGACUCAGAAAAGGCCGCGGAGGACCCAGAUAAUGAAAAUAAAUCCGAGCCCACCGAAAAGCAAGAUGAUCAGGAAAUUGUGGAAGAGCCUCUGUUAGUUGAUAAACCACCGGAGAAAAAAAUUCCCGACAUAGUGGUCAUUGCAGACGAUCUGGAAAAAGAUGAAACUACAACAAAUAAUACCGUGGUGGCCUCAAAUGAAACGGCACCCACUGAAGCGGUAACACCUCGACGUGCCAGGCUUUCACGUGUAGCAUCUCAAAAGACUGAGGACGACAAAAUAAAACUAUUGAAGACUCCAACUUCACAAAAGAAGUCUAAAAAAGCGGAAGAAAAUAGUACGCCUAAAUCCACCAAGGCGGAUGCAGAGCCAUCAGAGGAGGAUGCCGCAAAACCCUCUAAAUCAUCGAAAAAGAAGACUGCUUCAGCCAAAAAGACGGAAUCCACGACUAAAGAGAAGGAAUCUCCAAAAAGCGCCGAAGAGGACAAAAAGCCAACAAAAGGGGGAACACUGGACAAAUUCAUUGCAAAGACUCAACCCAAUCAGGACACAAAACUCACAGAAAAGACCGAACCAAAAGCGGACGAGCAGCCGCAGGAGCCCAAACAAGAAUCUCAGAAGACUCCGGAGAAGGUCGCAAAACCGGAAGCUUCAGGAGAUUCGGAUCAGAAGUCGAACCCGAACAACAGCACCAUCGUUAGUAUUUGUCUGGACGAUUCUUCCGACGGUGGCAAUACGGCGGACGACGAAGAGAAUGCUUACAUGCUGUGCACUCCGAACUCCAAGGAGCGCUCGCUGCUGACUGCUGAGGAGAAAUCGGAGCUACAGAAGAAGCUCACUCCGAAGCAGCUGGCUCGCCGUCGGGAAGCGGAGCGUAGACAGGCUCUCAAACAGCAGGAGCUUGACGAGCGCAAGCGGAAGAGGCAGGAGGAAAAGGAUGCUAGGCAUCGGGAGCGAGAGGAACAGGAGAUGUUGAGGAAAAAAGAAAGGGAAGAAAAAGAGGAACAAAGACGUAAAGAACGGGAGGAAAAGGAGGAACAAAAACGUAAGGAGAAGGAAGAGAAAGAAGAACAAAGACGCAAAGAAAGAGAUGAAAAGGAGAAAAAGCGACUGGCCGAGUUAGAGGCAAAGAACGAGGAAAAACGCAAGAAAGAAGAGCAGAAAGAAGAAGAACGCCGUAAAAAGGAGGAAGAGAAGGAAGCCGAAGAAAAACGCAAGCAGAAGGUUGCACAGGCUUUCCAAAGUUUCUUCGUCAAAAAGAGUAACGGCAAAGAUUGCAAACAUUCGGAGGAUGAGAAUUCUAUGGACCAACAGCAGCUCGGUGAUGAUGGGGAUACGCCGAAGCAAACAUUUAUGCCUUUCUGUGUUAAAGGGGACAUGCGGCUGGCUCCGUUAUGCAGGACUUCCCUGGACGAAGAAAGAAAAAAACGUUUGGACGAAAUGUUGAAAAAAUCCAACGACGAGAAUGGGAACGAUGCCGAAGUCGUCGAUAAGAAGCAACUUUAUCUGGCACAAUUGAAGGGUCCCAACUAUACGGUUGGCAAAUUUGACAGAACCUGGGUGGCACAGGAGGAUGAAACUGAGGACGACGAUGUAAUUUUUGUUGACGAAAGCGUUUGCCAUCAGAUUGAAGUAGAUCCUGAUGCUGCCCCCGCUAAACGAUACCGUGCCAAGUACUUUCUGUUCGAGGAGAACCGUCGUCCUCCGUACAAGGGAACCUGGCGGAAGCGAAGUGACAAAAUCAGAGCUCGUCGCCCGUUCGUUCAGGAUACUAAAUUUUUCGACUACGAGGUCGACUCCGAUGACGAAUGGGAAGAGGAGGAACCGGGAGAGUCUCUUCAUGGCAGCGACGAUGAGAAGGAUGUGGACACCGAAGAGGACUACGAGGUGGACAAUGAUUUCUUCGUGCCGCACGGACAUCUCAGCGACGAGGAGAUGCAGGCGGAAGAUGACGUCAUGGAUGAUAACAGCCCGGAAACGCAGAAAGCCAAGCUCAAAAUCAUGCAGAUGGAAUUCGCUGCCGAGAUGAAGAAAAAGACAGAAAAGAUCAAGCCUCGUUUGAUUGGUUGCAUUUGGGAGAAUGCUUCAGCGGAUGGAGACCAGCGAUCGGAAUGCUCGUCUGUCAUUUGGGAUAUUCUGAAGGCUCGUGCGAUGCUGUUUGAUCCGGAGGAACCGAUUUCAUUCACCGCACAGAAAGCCGAUCCGGAGUCCAAUCAAUCGUCCCCCAACAAGGAUAAGGAAACGGUUGAUACACGCCUCAAGAAGGUUAAGCUGGUGGAUGAGGGAGUUAAAGAAUUGAUCAAGCUUGUUCAUGGUUCUGCACAAAACAAAAAGUUCUUAGUGAAGGAGUUCCUUGCCUAUUGGGCCAAACGAAGGGAUGAAGGAGAGUUCAACGUUCCGCUGUUCGCUCCCGAUAGCAUACGGGCUAAAAUCGUGGAAAUAUCCAGUUGGAGGCCCUGCCCGGACGAAGGGUCAAUGCAAAACAAAAUGUGUUGGUAUGUCCACAAGGAUACGCUGAUAAAGUAUCAGCUGGCGGAUAUUGCGGUUCCAACGGACUGGCAGUUUAUCCUGAAGCCAAUCGCCAAAACCAAGAAAAAGGUUCGAAAAGCGGUGGAAGAAACUAAGAACGGCGAGAAAACGCCACCCAAGAGCGACGAGAACGAUGAAAAGACGCCACCUAAGAAGGAAUCCCCAGCGGAAAAGGAUAAAAAGGAACGUUUACAGCCACCAACGAACUCAGCUGUCAAGUCGAAACUCGCUCCCGCGUCCAGCAUCGCCAAGUUCACGAAAAAACUCUCGGCCGAUGACAAACAGAAACAGUUUGCCAAAGCGAAGAAAAGUGAUACUCCGGUGAAGCAAAGCGUUCCUCCUGCGAAGUCUUCCAGCAGCUCGAGCAUAAAGCGUGCAAGCAGCUCAUCGAAAGCGAUAGCAGCUUCUGCAACGGCAACAUCUACAGCUAAAACCUCCAGCAGCACAAAUGGAACGGCGGAAGCAAAGCCUCAGCAGAAGAAGCGUGUCCAACUCCUGAUGUCCGUUCCGAAGGGUCAGACCAUAAAUGAGUCACUCAAAAGCAAUCUGAUCAGUCAGUUUCUGGCAAAGGGUAGCAACAGUGCGAGCAGAAGUAAGCCUGCCGAACCGAUGGAGGUUGAUCCUCCCAAUAACGGUGAAGGGCAGAGCAAAACUGACGAAGUUAUUGUGUUAGAUGAUUAGAUAAAGAUUGUGUACUAUUGCAAAUAUUGUAAUUUAUUCGCUGAAUCAAUUCGGAAAGGGGCCGCAUAGAGGAUGCCUUAAAUAAUAUUAUGUUAUUUGAAAAGCUAUAUUAACCCAACCAACAUUUAGUUUUUAGUCGCAUUUAGCUCUGCUAAUCGGUUCUAGUUGAUAGUUUUUUUAUCGUUCUUUAUUCAUAAUCCACACAGUGCGUCACGCUGAUGAGAUUCAUUGUACCUCGACAUCAGCAGAACAUAUCUGAACAGAACAAUACAUGCUGUGGUUUCGCGUCCACAAGAACGUUCAGAAUUGCAAUCAAAGGGGAAUGCAAAUUUUUUUUUGAUGGGAGGGAACGAAACAUAAGCGAGAGUUGAAUAAACUGAGAAAAAUUGAAUCAUUUACAUAUUAU